AGAGAAGACGUCUUGUGUGAAGUGCGUCGUGCCGGCGGUCUCAGUAUUUCAUCCUCUGUGUUGUUGAUUCGAUCUGAAGCCGUGGACUCCUGCGUCACUCUGUCUGCGUCCUCCUCUGCCCCUCCCACCUCAUCUGCUCCUCCCACCUCACCUGCCCCUCCCAUCUCCUCUGCUCCUCCCACCUCACCUGCCCCUCCCAUCUCCUCUGCUCUUCCCAUCUCACCUGCCCCUCCCACCUCACCUGCCCCUCCCACCUCUGCUCCUCCCACCUCAUCUGCUCCUCCCACCUCAUCUGCUCUUCCCACCCCAUCUGCCCCUCCCACCUCACCUGCCCCUCCCAUCUCCUCUGCUCUUCCCACCUCACCUGCCCCUCCCACCUCUGCUCCUCCCACCUCCUCUGCUCCUCCCACCUCAUCUGCUCUUCCCACCCCAUCUGCCCCUCCCACCUCACCUGCCCCUCCCUCCUCCUCUGCCCCUCCCACCUCACCUGCCCCUCCCACCUCUGCUCCUCCCACCUCAUCUGCUCUUCCCACCCCAUCUGCCCCUCCCACCUCACCUGCCCCUCCCAUCUCCUCUGCUCUUCCCACCUCACCUGCCCCUCCCACCUCUGCUCCUCCCACCCCUGCUCCUCCCACCCCCUCUGCUCCUCCCACCUCCUCUGCUCCUCCCACCUCGUUUGCCCCUCCCACCUCAUCUGCCCCUCCCACCUCC